AAACUAUCUGAUCAGCACCUUGUCUACAGAGUGAAGUGAGAUUGAUAGGAGCCUGAAAGUCUGCAUACAUCUAGUCUCACAUUGUACUGUGAUUUGAAAGGAUUGGAUGAUGGAUUUUAAAGCGAGUAUAAUCUUCAUGGUACUAUGUUCUGUCGCUUCCGUCGUCUGUCGUUGUCCUAGACCGACAGAACUCCCCAUCACAUACGGGAAAAAAUUCUUCUGUGCCCGUGCAUAUGACCAUGCUAGCCGUGCACCUCAUAUGGCAUGCAAAGGAGGAAGCCUGGAUUUUGUUAACACUGGGUUUGCAAGUCUUGACCCUCCCUGGAAUGACAGAAUUUCUGCAGUCGUCGUACGACCUGGAUGCACGUUGCUUGUGUUCGAGCACCUUCAUCAUGAAGGUGCAAGUUUAAAACUCACUACUGGCGUUCAUAAUCUGUUGAAUUGGUGGGGUGGAGUGAUUUCUUCAUUGAACUGUGAUUGCGAGUACUCGAAUGCCCCACUAACGUGUACGCCUCAGGAUUACUUCCAAGAUCUUGACUGUGAGAACAACAAUGCGGGAGAUAUGCAAUGCACGUAUCAGGUCCAGACAGGUAUGACUCUAGGCAAAUCAGUCACCAACGGUAAGAGUGUAUCAACUACAGUUGAAGCAUCAAUCGGAUUAGAGAUUAAAGAAGUGUUCUCACUUGGGUUGAAAGUUUCAAGUACAACAUCUUUCAAUUGGUCACGUACUACGAGCAAGGACUUCAGCACGGUUACCACUCAUCGGGUGACAUGCACUGUUCCCGAAGGUCAUCAUCAGCUGCUUCGGCAGGUGAUCGGAAAGUGCGGGGACACGGUGGUGAGCACUACAACAUUUAAAUGUAUAGAUGCCAAGAACCCCAGGGCUGUUGCUAUGGCUGCGGCUACUUUUAUGGAUUAACCGUUACACUAGUUAACCAUCACCAGGACUUGGCGGAUUUCUAGGAGUGCAGACACACAUAGAAGCCGUUGACAAAGAGCUGCCAUAAAACGCAACUCGUGAAUCGAUCACUCAUACGGAUUUUUUUUCUUUCUUCUUCUUUUUAACCAAUGGAAUGGGAGUAGAUAGCUCAGCGCACACUACGAUUGCAAAUCCAUUAUCAAUUCAAUUGUAAUAAAAAUUUGAUAAGAACAUUCUAACCUAUAAGAUCUUAACAGUCAAAGUUCCGAAUAGUCGCAUUGAUGCCAUCAUCAACCGCGAAUUGAAACCGAUUUUGUCCUUUACCCCGACCACAAGGCUCGCAGCAAAGUAGGAUUUCGAUAUACAAGGAGUAAUCAAAGCAUUACGCCGAAUGAAAUAGUUUAACUUGUUGAGAUUUUUAUACUAGUAUAAAAAAUGGGAUUUGGAAAAAAUCGCGUAGCAAUGGAUUGUGUAGUGUGCGCUGGACUUUAGGAACUUUUUUUGGCGUAUAAUCGCGUAUUUUUUUGUUGCAUUGUGCAUAUCCCUGAUGUGAAAGAACGUAGUCUAGUUUCAAGCCAAACUUUUCCAGCCAAGGAAUCUUUUGUGCUUUUGUUCUUUGCAUUCGCCCUUUCCACUUCCAACUCACUUUCGACUUCAAAGCUGUGGGUUUUUGGUCACAUGUAGUUCGGUGCAUUGGUUACGGUAUAUUUAGGUAUAUUGAUGCGUAUAUCAGAAUUGCCGUAUUACAGAUUAGCGGGUAAAGUUUACUUCGGUUGGUCAUCUUUUCGCGUUUUUUAUUCGAUAAUAUGAAUCGCAUUAAAAAUAGAGUUUUCUAUUUGUUUUUCUUUACAAUUCGAUUACUUGUAUGUACAAAAUUAACAAUAAUUUUAGUUUCAUGCACUUUCUUUAUCCGACGCAACUUGAGUAAGGGGAAACUCACUAUAAUACUUACGCAUUAAUGAAUACGCAUAUUCAUUUGAAGUCAUUAGAUUUAAAACAAUAAAAUCACAUGACCCCAAAUUAAAAAAGAAUGCUAUGUUCGUUUUAUGCACAUACAUAUAUAAACCCACGACCACGGUACGCAAGUAAUAAUAAUGUACUUUUUCAUGAAAAUUGUAUCCAAUUACAUAAUUAGUGUAGAAAGACG